UGCAGAGUUGAGUAAAAAAAAACCAUAGGGUGCCUUUGGAUGCAUGUACAUUUAGGUCAUUACAGCUUAUCUGAAUAAGCACUUAUUUUAUAUAUGAGGAAUAACAACACAAAUGAAAGACUUGUUGUGUUGACAUCACACUUCACACCUUCAACUUCAAUGGCUUCUGAGAAAGAAGCUGCCCUUGCUGCUACUCCCUCUGAUUCUGAUUCUCCCACCAUAUUUGACAAGAUCAUCAACAAGGAGAUUCCUUCUACCGUCGUUUAUGAAGACGAUAAGGUACUUGCCUUUAGGGACAUAAGUCCUCAAGCUCCUGUGCACAUUCUUAUCAUUCCUAAAGUCAGAGACGGCUUGACCGGUAUUUCCAAGGCCGAGGAGAGGCACUUUGAGAUUCUCGGGCGACUUCUUUACACCGCUAAGCUGGUUGCAAAGCAAGAAGGUCUUGACGACGGCUACCGGGUUGUAAUCAACGAUGGACCAAAAGGAUGCCAAUCAGUUUACCACAUUCAUGUGCACCUUCUCGGCGGUCGUCAAAUGAACUGGCCACCAGGCUAAAAUGUAGGAAAGGAUUUGCGGCGAGCCUUCCGCUCGACGGGAAUUGUUACACUGGUUUUGCUAUCUCUCAGUAAUGAUUUAAGCAACUAAUAAUUUGAUGCAUGGCUUUUGAUGCUCUACUAAUAUUAGCAUUGAAUAUUUAUAAAGUGUUCUUGAAUUUGGCUCUUAACUAUGUUUAAAGUCCUAUUGCAAAUGUUAGUUGUUAUUUUUGUUAAUAGAGGGUGUUGAGUUUAACUUGGUUAUAACUCCACUUUUUAAAAUGAUAUUAGAUUUUAUCUUAGA